GGAUCCAAUCGGUAGCAGACGGAAAUGUAGAUUACUCAAAGAGAGUUUUAAAUUUUGAAAUUCUGAAUUUAUAUUGUGAUGAAUGAUUCUAUAUUUACAGUGCCGUAAUUAUAAUCUGUAUCCUGCAGCAUUGAUAUUACGAAUCGUGUUUUAAGCGUUAGGUGCAUCAUAUACAAUUGUCUGCCAUGAGUACACAUUGUUCACAUAAGGAGAUUUUGGUGGAUCUUCAGGAGAAAUAUGAUAAGGUGCAAAAGCUUUUAGAUGAGGAUAGUAAGAGGGAUUCGACCAGUGAACCUUAUCGUUCUAAAUAUGCUGCAAGCGCAAUUCUGACUGACAUGAAGUCCAUAUUAGUAAAACUGCUUGAAGAUUCAAGUUCUUUAAAAUACAAGGCAAUGCUUGGAGUAGUUUCACUCAAUCUUGGACUUGUCUCUAUCGACACUGAGGAACUGUCAACUGGAGAAGAGCAGCUGAUGAAUUGUAUAGACAGCUUAAAUGAUGAUGCACUCAAGCCUGAAGUCAUCCUUAUCUUGAUAACUGCAUUGAAUCAGUUAGGUAUAUUGUGGUCUGAAAGAGGUGAUCCAGAGAAAUCCAGGGAGUAUCUGGAGAAAGCUGAGAAGUUGUAUGAAGAAUUCACAAAUCAUGCAUCAUCCUGCACUGCCGCAGUCUCCUUUCAGGACUUGUUCCGAACAUCUAAUCCUGAGAUGCCACAACCUGAUGCAGAGAACAUGUUAGAGAAACUUUACACUCUUACGCUGUAUUACUUGGCUCAGAUCUAUGGCAAUUUGAAUGAUCAUGUUAAAUCUGCUGCGUAUUGCCACACAACAUUGAAGAGACAGUUGGAAAGUAAAGACUUUGAUCCUGUUGAUUGGGCCUUGAAUUCUGCAACUUUAUCUCAGUAUUUUAUGGAGAAAAAUGGAUUCUCUCAAGCAAGACAUCACUUGGCUGCAGCAUCUUUUAUACUGGACCAGUAUGAAAGUGAUCUCAGUCUGCAAGAAGGAGACGAUGAAGCAUUAGAAGCAAAGCGAGAGAGAUUUAAACACCGUAGUGCUGAUGUUGCAAGAUGCUGGGCAAAAUAUGGUAUACUGUUACUUUCAAACUCAAAGGAGCGACUCAUGUCAGAAGUGAAUGAAAAUGAGUCAGAAACAUCAAAUACAAAUAUACAGGAAUUAGGUGUUGUGGAGGACCUGGGUUUUACAUCAUUGGAAUUAUCCAGUUAUGAAGAUCAGAUAACAGACAAAUAUGUCCUUAUAUAUGAAGAUGCAAGGAAAGUAUUCCUCAAUGCCCAGGAAUGGUUAACAAAGGCUAAGCAGUAUUAUACUUUAGAAGGGCACGCUUCAGACUGUGUUCAGAUUACCCAGGACCUUAGUCAAUUGUACAAAUACCUGGCGUUCUUUGAAGAAGAUGAGGAGAGGCAGAGUCGUAUGCACAAACGACGCAUAGAUCAUUUGGAAUCUGUAUUGAAGGAAUUAAACCCUCAUUAUUAUUUAUUGGUGUGCAGACAGCUCUGGUAUGAACUUGGUGAAACUUAUUCAGAUAUCCUGGAUAUUAAGUUACAGAGAUUGCAAACAGUAGAUGAGCGACCCACACCGCAUGCACUGCGUAAAGUGAAUCAUCUUGCUGAACAGAGCAUCGCCAACUUCAAUAUGUUCCUUGAAUCACUCAGAGACGCAAGCACAAACAAGAUGCCUACUAUGUUCAAUGAAGAUGUGAUUAGACCAGCACUGAUAGCUUAUUUUCGCAUUGGUCGCUUGUACAGCAAAAUUGUCAUGCCAGAUAAGGCAGCGCAGCUUGAAAACCUGAAGCAGAGUUUAAAUGCCUACAAGUUUCUUGUGGACUACUGCAAUCACGACAAAGAUGCUAGAAAGCACGUCUCUCUUGAGGUGGCAGUAUGUGAAGACAUGGUGAAACUUUUACCGCUGAAGGUGCAGAGACUGACUCUGGAGGUGCAGCAGGAGUGAGAAGAAUGGAAACGCACUACCAAUAGAAAUGAUUGAAGUGAUAUUGACACGGAAGGUGAAUGGACCGAGGACCCCGCACAGGAGAGGAUGGCCAAGGAAUCUGUGUAAAGAAGGCGGUCUGCAAGCCACGGCAAGCAGAGGAAUGGAAUCAGAUGAGGUAUAAGACUGGCAGAAAUGGCAUUUUGGAACUGCAAGUUGGCAUACAGCUGUAUAAAACCAAUGGCUACUUAUCUAUGUACUAGUACUUUCUUGUCGGCCAAGUACAGCUUUUGAACCCACGUUUCAUAUUUGGAGAGUGAAAGGUGAAAUUAUCUUGUAAUGUGCUGAUCAUAAUGCACUAACUGAACAAUCAGAGUGUUCAAAGUAGAAGGUGCGUGAAAAGUUAUUUCUCAUGAUCCGAUACUGAAACGGGUUGUCCACACAAUGGAAUGUGUGCUAUCUUGUAACAUUCCUAGAAUGAAAUCUGGACCAACUAAGGGUUGUUAUAGUCACACUUCAAAUAACUGGAUUAAUUUUGGACUUCGAGGGACCAACAAAAGUAGUUUACUUCUUCGUGCCUGUACACUAACUUACAGCAAUAAUUUGUA